AGUAACGAGAUCAGUCACAGCAGUGAGCAAGAUGGCGACGCCCAGUGAAUUGUCUCUCGACGAGAUUCGGAAAUAUCUAUUGGAAAACGGUGGAACGGCGCGUAAUCACGAUGUCGUGAAGUACUUUAAAAAAUUUUUAACCGAUCCGGAAACGAGAGUGGAAGCACGAAAUCGAUUCAAGGAGUACGUGAACACUCUGGCCACCAUAAAGAACGAGGAGGGAGAAAAGUAUUUGGUAUUGAAGAAAAAGUAUCGGCAACCAUCGUUGGACCUAACGUGUUCGGAGCAAGUAAAUUUAGCUCAUGGUUCGCCUAAUUCACCCCUUCGAGAACCACCUCCUUAUCGAUCACCACCAGCUGCACCCCUCAGUCCCUCUUCUAAUAAUAAUAAUCAAGAAAUAAAUCGUGAGAACGAUCCACGUACGAAUUUUGAUAGUGACCUUGAAACAAGAAAGAAAAAUAAUUUCAACGAAGUUGGAUCGUCUAGUGCAUCAUCGCCACCGGUACCACCACGUCGAAAGGGUCAGGAUAAAAUUAGGAUGGAUAAUAAAGAAAACGUUGACAGGAACAAGACUGGUACCGAUGGGGUUGUUAAAGAAGAUGAGAUCACUGCUGCGAAUCCUGGUUCCGGUGAGGAAUUGAGCUUCCGUGAACGGAUGCAACGUUUCGAUCGGAUGGCCAAUGAAACUGAUCUACAUGGCAGGCCUAACGGUACAACGACACCUACUAAAAAACGUUCUGAAAAGGGCGCAGACGAUGAAGACAGUGCUUCGGUUGCCUGGCAAUUGGAUGGAAAAUCACGAGAAUGGUUGGUGAAAGCUGCUCAAGGAGAUUAUCACGAACUUGCGAAAUUGGCUGCCGAGGAACCACGUCUUACCGGAUUAAAGGAUCCAACAUCCGGCUAUACGGCUUUGCAUUGGGCCGCGAAACACGGCGACGAGAACAUCGUCAAAAUGAUUGCUGGCACGUACAGGGACUACAUCAAGGACGUGAACGUAACUACGAAUGGGGGUUACACGCCUCUGCAUAUAGCAAUGCAAUUCGAUCAUGAAAACGUUUUCAACUUGCUGGUACAAGUAUAUGGUGCGAAUCAAGAGAUACGUGAUUACAGUGGUAAGAAAGCCAGACAGUAUCUAGUUUCUCAAGAGGCCGCAGUUAGCCAGGACACCUUUCGCAAAAUAAAAGCAAGGAAAAAGCAUGCAGAGAAAGAUCUUGGUUUCCUACGAAUUGGCUCGUUGAACGUACGCGUGAAACGUACGACGGAAGCAUUCAGCCAGUUUCUGGGUGUGGCAACUAGUAGCAGCAACAGUAACAACAAUAACGAAAAGAUUCAUAAGUCUUGGGGUUCGGCGGAUAAUGUACAGAAAUUAGAUCAGAAGGUAAUGCCACCACCGAAAUAUGCGCCAGUUAAAAAACGAAGAAGUAGAAGAACCCAAGAUUUCUCUAGAGGUCAACAACAAGCUGCAAGUCAACCGAAUACGCCAGUACUUCAGGGUAAAGCAACGAACAGGCAAAAUCAAAUCGGUAGUCGUCGACCAACUUCAACGUCGUCCGUCAAUUCUGCCAUUCCUACGAAUCAACAAAAUAAUGAUUCCGAUUCUGACACGGCAUGCGGUUUUGAUUCCGCAUGGCGUGGAUCCGCGCAACUCUAAAAAAUCUUAUACAUGUAAAUGUAAUUCAUGAAAAAUCUAUUAUCCAUACUUACAGUUA